AUGUCUCAAAACGCUUCGGACAUCUUAAGGCUGCCCGCCAUGGCCUGCAGCGCGGAACAGCAGGUCUCGGGUGCGCCAUCGUCGGUGUGCUCGUCGCACUCCAACCUCACCUCGUCGCCCGCGGACUCCGGGGCGAAGCUCGACAAGAGCGAGCAGCCCGGCCUGGCCGUGGCCUGCACGCGCCGCGCGCGCAACUUCUGGUCUGUGCACGAGGACACGGUGUUGGUCGCCACGAUCAUCGACAACACCGCGUUCCUGCGCGGGCCGGCCAACACGCGCCCGCGCAGCCGCUUCUGGCUGCACAUCAGCUUCGAGCUCAAGGUGAGGCACGGGCUCAGUCGUAACAAGCGCCAGUGCCGCGACCGCUUCAACCUGCUCUUCUGGAAGGCGGUGCGCGACCACCGCUCCAGCCGCAAGGACCUAAAAAAGCUGGACCGCCUGCUAGCCCAGUGCUUGACCAUCCUCUACAUUGACAAGAACAACGUGAUCAUGCUCAAGGAGCAGGCUCCUUCGUCCGCCGCAACGCCCUGUGCGUCGGUCACUUCAAACGGCACAUCUGCCCUCGUACAUUCUUCGGUACCGCAUGCCAACAGCGGCGGGUCCGCUGCCGCCGCCGCCACGGGCGACGACCCUCUGCAUAGCCCUCCGCGCUGCACGCUGAGCCCUACCACGCCCCAGGGCUCACUUGUUGGUUCCUCGGCUGACCUCGCCGACUCCAGCUUCGAGGCCUUUUCCGAGCUAGCCGCGGGCCUGCAGCAGCAGGUCUCCUCGCUCAACCAGCGCGUCGAGGAGCUGUGCGGAAUGCUCGCCAUGGAGCGCUCCCGCGUGGAUUACUUACUUACGGCUCGCACCGGCGUCGAGUCUCCCAGCCUGUACCAACCCCCGCUCCCAAUGAGCCACGACAUGCAGGUGCAGUGCAGUGCAGGAGUCUCGGCCACUGCCUCGGCCGCCAACAGCGUUUUCGCGCCCCCUGCGAACCAAUAUCUCGCCAUGACAUCUCCGUAUCUGGCAGUGGCAUCCCCAUACUCCAGAGCCGCCAACCUGUGA